AAUUUCAGUACAAAUGGAUGGGAGAAUGCAGAAUCGAUCUUCUGUUGCUUGUGAAAUUACUUCAUUUGGUUUCGAUAUUUUUUCACGGGAAGAAUUAGAAGACAUACAAAAAGCGGGCAUUGAAGAUUUGCGUUUUUGCAAGUUGAUCGAAUGGAUGUGUAAUGAGAUAUCUGCAUUGUAUGGUUUGGAUGAAACAGUUCAUGCACCAACUGGACCCGAUAACAUGGAAUUUUUUUUGCUGGAACUUAGUUCAAUAUUAUCUGAAUUAGAAUGUCCAGUGGAUGCGCUAACACGUGGAUCAGUUGUGGAAAGAUUUCGAUCAACCGAAAAUCAAACUAAGUUGCUUAAUUUUCUUAUUGGACACAUGAAAUGUGCUCGGUUGACUGCACUAAAUCGGUUGCAGGUCGAAACACCUGAGUACAAGAGUGAUGAAGCGCUUCACCUGGAAAGUGCAUUUUUAGCACUUGGUAUGAAUCAGUUACCUGCUGGUAUUACAGAAGAGAAAAUUUUCUCAACAUUAAAAGAUUUGGCUGAGAAACAGAUGGACAAAUGUAAGGAAAAACCACGUCCAUUAUUGACCGCAUCAUUGAGUGAUACACAAUGGGAGAAAAUCGACGCGAUAAAUGAGAAAUUAGUGCAAGAAUAUCGAACUCGAAUUCUAUUAUUGCUUAAACGUCUUGAUGUUACAAUUCAAUCGUUCACUUGGUCUGAUCGUAUAAAGAAAAUGCAGGAUAAGUUACACGAAAUUUAUCGUCCUCGACGGGAAGAGAUUGCGAUAACAUCCAAUAUUGGCAUGGAUGAUUUACUUGCUGCGACCACUUCCCUUCUAACAGUUGACAGAAUAAAUAGUGAGAAAGAACGAAAACGUACCGCAUCACGCUUAAAUAAGGUAUUGAUGACUGAUCGUCCGGGUGAUCGUGGUGGCAGACCAACGGAAUUGCGAGCUCCUCCACCAGAAAUGCCUCCAUGGAUAAAGGAUCGCGUUUCGGAUCGAGGCGGUAGACAGCAAGGUGAUUAUAAAAGUGGCGGAGGAUAUGGUUAUCAGAGGGGUGGCGGUGGAUAUCAAGGUGGCGGAGGUUUUCAAGAUGUGUAUGGUGGAAACAGUUAUCAAAGUGGUGGCGCAUAUAAUGGAGGCUAUGGAGGAGGAGGAGGAUUUAAAAGUGGUGGUCGUGGUGCAGGUUUCGAAAGUCAGGUAAUGAGAGAAUACGAAGGAUAUUAUAACCAAAGCCAUGCUGGUCGACGUGGUGGUGGUGGCGGUGGUGGUGGUGGUGGUGGUAGAAGAGGACGUGGUGGAUACGGUGGACAACGUGGUUACAGAUAAAAUAAAUUUCAUGAUAUAUCUCUGCUUGCGGUAUUUCAUGCCUUGUUCAUUAAAUGACGUAAAUUGUUAUCAUGAUUAUAACAUUCGCACUGCUUUCACUGUUUCUUUGACUAUUAUUUCCGGAAUAUUCUUGUCAAGUCAGAAUUUUAUGGAAAUGAAUGAUUUGUCGAAUACGCCAUACUGGAUUGUUUAUUCUUUCUUUAUUCAGCUGCAGUAAGAUGAUUUUAUUGAUGCAGAUGUCAUCUUCGAUUCGUUUUUUAUUCAUGUGUUCUAUUUUAUCGAUGGCGUAUCGGCUGCGAUAGGGUCAAUUUACUUUGUCGUUUUAUCCAGGUAUCGUCUUCGAUCUUUUUCCAUUCACAUUAUUCCGAAAUAAUUGUGUUUGCUUAUCGGUGGUUUAUCAUCCGGUUAAAUACCGUAAUUUAUGUUCAUGGAGUUUCCUCUCUCAUCUAUUCAUUGUUUGCUUUACUCUGGAAUGCAUUAAAGUCCUUCCAAA